AGCAUGUCAGCCACAAAUUUAAGCCAAAUUCGUCAAGUUCUUGGUUCCUUUAUUCCCAGAUUCAAAGUGGACAAUUCAGAAAAUUCCGAGUUCAAAUGGUGUUGAAGUUAGUGUUACUUGGCUUAGUGCUUUGCGGGCAAGUUCUGUUGGGAAUUGCAGCAACAGACAAAAUAUUCUGUUACUUUGGAAGUUGGUCGGUGUAUAGGAAUAGUGCAGCCCAGCUACCAAUUAAUAACAUUGAACCAGCCCUUUGCACCCAUGCAAUAUACGCUCAUGCCGGACUGGAUACGAGAGGCACCAUGAUUCCCAUGGAUGUGUAUAACGACGUUACGAAUGGAGCUUACACGAAAUUCGUCAAACUCAAGGAAAGGAACUCCAGUCUUAAAGUUCUAAUUUCACUCGGAGGUAGGAAUGAAGGGUCCAAGAAAUACUCGGAUGUCGUUGCCAGUGCUUCCCUGAGAUCAAGUUUAGUGAACAGUAUUGCUUCCUUCAUCUCCAAAUACGGAUUCGAUGGAAUAAAUAUUGACUGGGAAUAUCCCACUCAAAGAGGCGGCUCGUCAAAUGACUAUUCGAACUUUGUGCAAUUUUUGACGGACCUCCGGGUCAAAUUAGGUCCAAAUCUUUUGAUAACGAUAAUGGUGAGCGGACAGGCCACCUUAAUCUCAAGUGCCUACGAUGUUGAGAGAAUAAAUAAUCAGGUGGAUUAUAUACACAUCAUCGCAUAUGAAUUUAAUAGUGCUUAUGUUGGAAAAACAGCUCAACAUGCCGCCCUCAAUGCUCUGAACCCUUCAGAUACUCUCAACGUCAACUCUGCAGUCCAAUCUUGGUUAGGUGCUGGGGUAUCAGCUGAGAAACUUAUCUUGGGAAUCGCAGCGUACGGGCGGAGUUACAUUUUGGCCAAUCCUAAUAAUCGGUUCGUAGGAGCUACUACAAGUGGACCUGGACCUGCUGGUCCUUACACUAACACACCUGGUACCCUGAGCUAUUUGGAAAUCUGCAAGGAACAAUUGAAUGGUGGAUGGACUGUUGCUUAUGAUGAUACCCAGGAAAACCCGUACAUGUACAAAGGUACCACCUGGGUGGGAUUCGACAACCAGGAAUCUGUUACUCUAAAAGCGGAAUUUGCAAUAUCAUAUAAUUUGGGUGGAGUUUAUCUAUGGUCUUUGGAUUUGGAUGAUAUUAACAAUGCUUGCGGAGAUGGUAAAUUUCCAUUGCUGAGAGCAGCAAAAGCGGCCCUUGAUGCUGGCAAUGAGACCCCAGUUAUAUCUGAAUGCGAAGCCGGCGCUAUUGAGCGUGAUGAGACGGACUGUACUGUUUAUUACGUUUGUGUGAAAUCAGACUCCGGUUUGUAUGAAUUUGCGAAAAGGCAAUGCUUGUACGGUUUGUAUUUCGACAUCACUCGUAAUUUAUGCAAUCAUCCCUCUGUUGUUGAUUGCUAGAUCUGGACGGACUUUAGCUACACUUCACAUGCUGUUAUAUAGACUCAUCCAUCAGGAUAACUUUAUUAAAGUUUCUAAUAAAAUUUGGCAAUAUGA